AUAACAUAACCUUGCAAAUCUUAGUUUUGAUUAAUAUUUAGUGUUAAAAUAAUAAUUUAAAUGCUAAUAAAAUGUUCUCAUCGAAGAACCAUAGUAUUGUAAGUCACCUGGUUAGAUUUUCAUCAUCGUUUCCAGAAUUUGUAAAUAGAAAUCCAAGGAAUCUAGAAAAACUUCGAAUAGCCCGCAAACCAGAUGGUUACCAUUUAGAAAAACCUGGACGCAAAUACUGGCACAAGUUAGUAUUGACAAGGAGUAACAGGACAGUUACAGCACAAGUUAUUCAUUUUAUGAAUGGGCCUAUUGUUGAGGCGAAGACCUCUGAAUGGGCCUUAAGGAAACAACUGUACAGUAUCACAGACACAUCUGCAUACUUAAAUUUAGGCAGAGUUUUUGCACAAAGAUGUUUGGAAUCUGGCAUCACCGAAAUGUAUUGUGAUAUAAAUCCUGCUAAAGGUGGAAAAGUUGAAAAGUUUUUGAAUGAAGUAGUUCAUGGUGGUGUUAAACUGGAGGAGCCUGAUGUGUAUAAGAAACCUAAUCCUUGGGAUAUGCACAGACCAGAAAAACCAUGGGAAGUGACUGAGGAAUAAGUAGCCAUAAAGCCAUAUCUGUAUGUUUUAGUUUUGCAAUAAAUUAUAUGUA